AUGGCGAGGCAGGAGGUGGCGGGGGCGGCCACGGGGGUGGACUUCCACCUGCCUGACGAGAUCCUGGCCGUGAUCCCCACCGACCCGUACGAGCAGCUGGACGUCGCGCGCAAGAUCACCUCCAUGGCCAUCGCGUCCCGCGUCUCCCGCCUCGAGGCCGACGUCGCGCGCCUCCGCAGGGACCUCGCCGACCGCGACCGCGGCGAGGCCGACCUCCGCGCCCGCCUCGCCGACUCCGACGCCCGCCUCCUCGCCGCGCUCGACGAGAACGCGAAGCUGGUGAAGGAGAGGGACACGCUCGCCCUGACGGCCAAGAAGCUGUCGAGGAACUUGGCAAAGUUAGAGGCAUUUAAGAAGCAGUUGAUGAAAUCUCUGAGUGAAGAUAAUUUACUGCAAUUGUCAGAAACAGGUGAAGAUCGUGAUGUAGAUGCAGAAAAUAGUGGGACCGCUCGGAGUCCUUCCUGGAAAGAUGAAGUUUCAAGCAGUCACACCUCUUCAAAUACUUCCAGCAGAUCUACAAUCACCGAAUCAGCCCAAGGAUACCAGUUCUCAAUCACACCAUAUGUAGCCCCCCAAAUAACUCCUGGUUCAACACCAAUUAUUUCAUCCUCUAGUGGUUCCCCACUAGCAUAUUCAACUGGUCCAUCCACUCCGAAGUUCUAUUCUGGUCCAACAUCGCCUACAAGAUCACGUUCUGAAGACCAAUCGGCAUUUUCAUCAUGGAAUGGAUCAAGUCAUCAGUAUUCAGCCCCUGUCUCUCCUCAACGCCGCUCAUUUACAGGGCGACCUCGUAUAGAUGGAAAGGAAUUCUUCCGACAAGCACGGACACGACUAUCUUAUGAGCAAUUUGGAGCAUUCUUGGCAAAUAUUAAGGAAUUUAAUGCACAGAAACAAUCGCGAGAGGACACCUUGUCAAAAGCAGAGGAGAUUUUUGGAACAGAGCACAAAGACUUAUACAUUUCUUUCCAGAAUAUGCUUAACCGCAACCAAUCGUGA